CUAAUGUCAAUCUAAACGCGGCGACACCCAAGGGAAAUACGUAAAAUUUUCCAUUGAAAAUGGCGUUUUUCGAUGAUGUUAAACAACUUAUCCUGCCAUAUUACUUACUUAGCAGUCUUCUAAGUAUUUCAUUUCUGGUACUGAAAACUAUAUCACCCAUGUGCAACUACUUAUUUCCUCCGAGUGAAUCUCAAUGUGAAUUGGACAUGAAACAAUCUGAAAUCUUGUUUUUCCUUCUAUUUGUAAUUGUGGUGAGAGCUAGAAAAACUGGCUCUGUUACGAUGUUGGCGUACCUCUCUACAGGAUUCAUGUACUGCAAAGUAGCCAGUUUGAUUCUAUGGUUCAAUGCAGAUCCUAGAUAUGGAUUGGUCUAUGUGGUGCUAUUAACUUUACAAGCAAUCCUGUUUCCAGAGCCUUCAUACAGUGGUCCAGAAAAAGUUGUCUAUUUCAAUGCAACAUCUUUGGAUGAGGAGCUGAACAGAAACAAGAAGGUUGUUUGGAUUGUGACAUUCUACACUGUUUGGAGCCCAAGCUGUGUCAAUUUUGCUUCAAUCUAUUCAAAAUUAUCAGCAGAAUAUUCGUUAGACAAUUUGAAGUUCGGCAAAGUUGAUGUGGGACGAUUUCCCGAAUUAGCCAAGAAGUAUUACGUCAACGACACAUCCUUUAGCCGGCAGCUACCCACUGUUAUAGUAUUCAAAAACGGAGAAGAAUUUGAUCGUAGACCAGCCAUCGACAGCAAGGGACAGCUACAGAAAUUUAUCUUCAAUGAAGAUAACGUCAAAGUACAAUUAGAUUUCAACAAUCUUUACAAUGAAUGCAAAAAUAAUCCAAUCAAGGAGAAAAAAGAAAAGCGGGUCAAGUCAGAGUAAACUAAAUUAUCUCAGUAGUUGUUAUUAGGUGUGUUUUUAAUAAAAAUGAAAUGAAAGAUUUUUAAAUAUAAUUGUGCCACCAUCCA